AUGGCCGGCGUUCCUUCGACCGCGUCGGAGCAGGCUUGCGAUGCUUGCCGAAAGCAGAAGAAGAAGUGCAAUCUCGCGACCCCAGCAUGCUCACGAUGUGCUCGACUGGGGCUGACUUGCGUUGGCGCUGGACGUCGACGAUACGUCUUCAAGGAGCACAAGUCGUUCAAACGUAAACCGCGCAGCACGGCGGCAACACCACAGCCGCAAACCCCAAGGUGCUCGACAGUCAGCCCGGCGCCCACGAACGAGUUGACUCUACUCAUUGCCACGUUUCUUGAUACGAUCAAACCAUCGACUCCUGUACGGUUCAAUCUCGCCGACACUCUCGGUCCCUUCCUCCGUGUCUUGCCUCAACGCCUAGGCGGAAAUCGUGCUCUGGAUGCAGCAACGCGAGCAUUGGUCUCCGUGCAUUCAAGCGUCUGCAAAGGGCGACCGGGAGACGCAAAGACAUCGAGGCUUUAUUCAGAGGGUCUUGCUGCAUUGCGGCUCUGCUUAUGCAUUCCAUCAGAGGCCAGCUCGAUCGAGACCGUGUGCGCGGUAUUAUUGUUGACCUUCUGUGCGAAAUUCGGUGGCUUCGGUGGACAGCACUGGACCAGUCAUUGCAAUGGUGCGGUUCAGCUGCUCCGACUGCGGCACAAUCGCGAGUCCCGCGACGACUUUGAAGUCCAGGUCUUGCAAUCCUUGCGCGGCUCCGUGAUUUGCGAGGUCCUCUUCAACCGUGAAACCCUCAUGAACCCUUGGAAAUGGAACGACUUUGAAAGAUUGCUCUUCCCCGACGACUUCAGCCCAGACUGGCAGAAUCCCCUCACGAUUCUCGGACAGAUACCCAGAUUCAUCCAGAUGUCACAGUGUAUUGGACGCGAUAGUGGCCACAUAGGCAUGCUCAGACGGCGCAUCGAAACUGCAUAUGGCAUCAUGAGACGAGCCGAGAGCGUCCUCGCGCUGCAAAGAGCCAUGAAUGAACCAGAUCCAGGCUUGGAAAGAGCAGCGAAAUAUGCCUGUACGCUGUCAGUGUGCUGCAUGCUGAACUGUAUGGUGCGGACCUUUCGGUUCGACGAAUUGCUCAUCCUCAAAGAGGCGGAAGAGCUUGUGGAUUCGUCCUUGCAGCUGGUGGACGAGAUGGAUGCUUACCGUCCAUUACGGGCGAGUUUCAUCUCCCUGAACUUGUACACGGCCUGGAUGUGCACGAACGAGCCGUCGAAAAAGAGGCGUCUCGAACAGGCGAUUUGGCAGUUUUCCAGCGACUUCAGACCUCUGAACCCGGCGGAUCGCCCUCAACUGAUUUCGUUGCUUUGGGAUCUGUCUGCAGACAUGCACCUGAGUACCGCAUCCUGGAAACCGUCGGCAAACGUGCUCGAUAUAGGGAGUCAGUAUGCAGCUCUCACAACGUUUCAAACGAGGCAGUUUUCCGAGAGUCUCAGACCCGGCCUUUGGUAA